AUGACAAGACAGAAAGGCACAAAAGACAAGACGACAAGACAAGACAAGAGGGUUUUUGAUGAGGGAAGAGACAGCAUGAAGAACGAUACCAUAAAGACAGACUUAGAAAAGAAACACAAAUUAGAUUUAUCUGCAAAUGGGAUAAUUAAAUAUUGCAUCUUUUUGAAAAAAAGAAUCUGA